GCCAUGUGGCACAGACAACACUUUCUAUUGGAGCCAUGGGAGCUGUUUGGUUGCUUGUUUGUGUGCUGACGAUUUGUCUUGCCAACGGUUCUUGUUUGUCAAUUCGAGAUAUAAAUGAAAGAUCUGAUGAAGGGCUGCAGAGGACAUCAAGAGAUCUGUCUCCCAAUGACAUCUCCCUAAAGCAGGCCUUUGCACUGCUCCAGUCAAUGUUGGAGCAAGAAGUUUCAUGGGCCAACGAGACGUCGCGCAACGUGGUUCCCUGGGCCAACGAGACGUCGAGCGACCACUACGCCUCGAAGAACGAGACGUCGAGCGACGUGGUUUCCUGGGCCAACGAGACGUUGAGCGACUACAAUGUCCACUAUGCCUCGAAGAACGAGACGUCGAGCGACGUGGUUCCCUGGGCCAACGCGACGUCGAGCGACGUGGUUCCCUGGGCCAACGAGACGUCGAGCGACGUGGUUCCCUGGGCCAACGAGACGUCGAGCGACGUGGUUCCCUGGGCCAACGAGACGUCGAGCGACGUGGUUCCCUGGGCCAACGAGACGUCGAGCGACGUGGUUCCCUGGGCCAACGAGACGUCGAGCGACGUGGUUCCCUGGGCCAACGAGACGGCGAGCGACGUGGUUCCCUGGGCCAACGAGACGUCGAGCGACCACUACGCCUCGAAGAACGAGACGUCGAGCGACCACUACGCCUCGAAGAACGAGACGUCGAGUCGAGCGACCACUACGCCUCGAAGAACGAGACGUCGAGCGACCACUACGCCUCGAAGAACGAGACGUCGAGCGACCACUACGCCUCGAAGAACGAGACUUCGAGUGACGUGGUUCCCUGGGCCAACGAGACGUCGAGCGACGUGGUUCCCUGGGCCAACGAGACGUCGAGCGACGUGGUUCCCUGGCUAUCAAGACGGCGAGCGACCACAACGUCCACUAUGCCUCGAAAAACGAGACGUCGAGCGACGCGGUUCCCUGGGCCAACGAGACGUCGAGCGACGCGGUUCCCUGGGCCAACGAGACGGCGAGCGACUCGGUUCCCUGGGCCAACGAGACGUCGAGCGACCACUACGCCUCGAAGAACGAGACGUCGAGCGACUACAACGACCACCACGCCUUGAAGAACGAGACGUCGAGCGACCACCACGCCUUGAAGAACGAGACGUCGAGCGACCACCACGCCUCGGCAAGCGACGUGUCCAUUACAGUAACCAUGUCUCUGACUGCAGCUCUGCUUUGAUCUGUGCUGUAAAUAAACUCUUAACCCACAUAUUUGUUUCCUCAUUUCUCUCGGAGGGGGUGCCUGGGAAAAUGCAAUCUUGUGUCUUGCACAAACAUCUCUUGGAUACAUUAGGACUGCAAGUUAGUUUGUGUGCAAAUAUCGAUAUUAAUUCCCAAUUUUGGUCUUUUAUUAGAUAAAGCCAAUAUUACCAUAUUACCCUUAUUGA